GCCGCCGCCGUGAGGGUCCGCGCCCCGCAGUCGUGGAGCGGCCCCGCCGCGCGGCCUCCUGCCUCCGCCCAGGCUGGCGCCUGCCGCGUCCCGCCAGCGCGGUCCGCCCCGCCGCCCCGGGUCUGGCGUCCCGGCCGGGCUUUCGGGUCGACCGAGCGGGCGACCCAAAUGGCAGGCUGGGCUGCGGGGCGCGGCGGGGCGGCCCCGACGUUGGGGGACAGGCCCUGCUUCCUAGCAGCACUUCGGAUGACAGGCCUUGCCCUGAAGCCGGCUGGCUGUGUGUCCCGCCUGCGCCCCCACCCCCGGCCAUUGUCUGGUCGGAGGCACGCAGGGACGACUGUCGCCCAGCCCCACGCGGUUCAGACAGCGCGAGUGUGAGGCUCAGGGAAGGGACUGGCCCAGGGUCACUCACCGAGUCAGACUGGAGCCCGACGUCUAGGCGAGAACUUCGGGAUUACACUCUCAUGGAGGCACCCGGUGUUCUACAUUUACCGAAGAGAAAGGCUCCAGAGAGGGACAAGCAGACAGAGGACGAAAGCCCUUCGACACCUCCUCUGUCACCCCCACCAGCUGUGGAGAAGAACUCUUACCUGUACUCCACGGAGAUCACACUGUGGACGGUGGUGGCCGCCAUCCAGGCCUUGGAGAAGAAGGUGGACUCCUGCCUGGCCCGCUUGCUGACUCUGGAGGGGCGGGCGGGGACGGCCGAGAAGAAGCUGGCGGACUGCGAGAAGAAGGCUGUGGAGUUCGGGAACCAGCUGGAGGGCAAGUGGGCCGUGCUGGGGACCCUGCUGCAGGAGUACGGGCUGCUGCAGAGGCGGCUGGAGAACAUGGAGAACCUGCUGAGGAACCGAAAUUUCUGGAUCCUGCGCCUGCCCCCGGGCAGCAAGGGGGAGGCCCCCAAGGUGCCCGUGACCUUUGAUGACGUGGCCGUGUAUUUCUCUGAGCCAGAGUGGGGCAAGCUGGACGAGUGGCAGAAGGAGCUCUACAAGCACGUGAUGCGGGGCAACUAUGAGAUGCUGAUGUCCCUGGAUUAUGCCAUCUCCAAACCAGACAUCCUGACCCGGAUGGAGAGGGGAGAGGAGCCUUGUGCUGGAGGCCCGUGGGGCCAGGAGGAGGGAAGUAGGAGGGAGGCGGCCCAGCCAAGGAGGCCAAGCCCUGGCGUCCCUCCACAUCCAGAGCACAUCCUCGGCCCCGUCAGCCCUGCCCGGGAAGAACCAAAAGAAGAGCAGGUCCCCAGGCACCGGCAAGACUCCGAGACGAGAGUGACCGUACCCGGAGCAAGCACAGGGCCUCCAGCCGUGGUUAAACAGGAGCAAGAAUUUUCAGGUGGGGAGUCUCCAGCAUCCCCUCCCAGGGAGAGGCUGCCCGGCAUGGGGCCAGGCGGUGGCAGCGUGGUCAUCAAGACAGAAACCCAGUCCGAGGACGAGAUGAUACCCGAGCAGCUCUUCCUGGGCGAGUCCCACAGCCAGCCAGUGUGUAGGAUGGCCAAGGGGCCCAGGAGCAGAACCGAGGGCCCUGGCCGGCUGCGUGCGGCAGGGGUGCCACGGGUGCGGCCGGCGGACCCGCGGGCCCCUGGAGCCGUUGGGGAGCCGCCCCGCAUCCUCCCCCGCCGGCGAGAGCGGACCUUUCCCUGCCCUGACUGUGGGCAGAGUUUCCGCUUGAAGAUUAACCUGACCAUUCACCAGCGGACCCACGUGGAGGAGGAGCCCAGGGAGACUCCGGGGAGCUCGCCCCCUGGCUGGGGGGAGGCCCCCUCCACUCUGGAGCCGGGGGAGGUGGUGGUGCCCGGCCCAGUCAUCCGCUGGCUCCCCGAGGAGCCCGGAGGCCGCCGCUCCCUGGCUGGCCGCUCCCUCCUGGCGCGGCGGCCAGCGGCCGGCAAGGUGUACCACUGCAGCGAGUGCCUGCGCUUCUUCCAGCAGCGGAAGAGUCUGCUGCUGCACCAGCGCCUGCACACGGGCACCAGCCAGGGCUGGCCGGCAUGUCCCUACUGCGGCAAGGCCUUCCGCCGGCCCUCCGACCUCUUCCGCCACCAGCGCAUCCACACGGGCGAGCGGCCCUACCAGUGCCCCCAGUGCGGCCGCGCCUUCAACCGGAACCACCACCUGGCGGUCCACAUGCAGACUCACGCCCGAGGCCAGGCGGGCCCGCACUGCCCCACUUCCCCGGCCCUCCCCCGGAGCCCCCCGCGGCCCCAGCCCAGCCACAGCGAGGAGGGCUGAGCGGCCAGGAGCCUGCAGGGGUACCCUCCGGCUCUCCGGGGUCACCCCACAGCAGGACUCCUGUCCGCCUUCGGGCCUUUCCCCGGUGCCUGGCGCUGGUUCCUCGUUCUGGAAUAGCUUUGGAGAGAGCUUUUUUCAUUCAGAUGGGAAGCAGUGGCCUUUUUGGUGACAGUGAGUGUAUGACCAGAAGCCUCAAAUUCCUGUUUCCUAAGUUCAUCACUCUUUGCUGCCUUUUCUACAUUCCUGACUUAGAAAGGAUCCCUUCAGGCUUAGAGGAUGCCAACUUUUGGUGAGAGACUGUGGCAGGUAUCUGAGACCGGCACUGGAGAUAGUGGCCCUUCCAGUAGCAGGCGACAGAGACACGGGGGGGCCUGCCGUUCGUAAUGUACACAGAGGUCACAGCAGAGUGGACAUUUUGAAGAGUAGGUGCUGGAAAUUUGAGUUUUCCUACUGUGUUAUUUUGAAACCUUUUUUCCCCUUCCUUAUGGAGUUUUUCUAGUGUUUUUUUAAGGGUUACGUGUGGUUGCAAAGGGGACCAGGAGUCCUGAGGGGCAGGAAUUAUUCUGCUACCUCCUUGUGUGUAGGGAUGGUGGAGGGGCUGUCCAGAUCAGCCCAGGUAUUGGUGGGGGCUUGGCUGCUGCUCUGACAGCGGGUGCCUUCCUGGGUGUGCUUCUUUGGCCCAGAGUGCUUCCCAGUAUCCCAACAUCCAUGAUUGAUUUUGGUUAUUAGUUGAGAGGGGAAACUGAGGCCCGGAGUGGCGGACCCUUCCCCCAAGGUCUCAGUAUUAUGGGUAUGCACGCUCCAUGGACUUAGUGGGUGGGGGAGAUGCAGACCCAGCCCAGGAAGCUCCUCCUGGAGAGGAAGCUCCUGAUGUGGGUGAGGCUGGGAAGCCAGGCUGGACUCCUGGGCUGCCACGCCCUGAGCUGUCCUGUUAAAGGAGCGGUGUGUUCCAAGAACUCGGGGCUGGUAGCAGAGAUAGGCCAAGAGAUGGGGAUAGGUUUCUUUAACCACCUCCUGUGUCCUGUUCCUCACCUGUCAGAGGGGGUAAUGACCCCGGUGCAUCCUACCUCACCUUAGCGGUUUCAGGGUCACAAAAGAUUAAGAGGCAGUGGGGCAGAUAGGAAGCCUGGUUGUAUCCUCUUUUCAAGUUCAGGGCCCCCCCUUCUCUUCCAUGUUCUCCAGCUCUUUGUCCCUGUCAGAAUCCCUCAGGAAAGACCUUUAUUUUCUAGGGUGAGUGGAAGGUCUCGGGUGCAGAGCGAGGUGAGACUUUCCCAUUGGGCUAUAUCGACAAGGAGCCCUUUGUAUUUCAGUAUAACAAAUUCUUACCAAAGCAUGAGGUUCGGACCGUAGGAGUUCGGGCAAUAGCGUCAGGCCUCCUGGAGAAGUCUUGGUGGCAGCUAGCAUCUGUGCCUCUUCGGUCACACCACUUUGGGUGCUGCCUAGAGAGCAACCCUUGGUUUGGGCGAUUUGAAACUGGAGUACUGCGUCCUCAGCUAUUUUGAUUGUUGUCUUAUUGGCCUUGGCACUGUGGGAAGUGGCCAGCAUUCAGACCUACUUCCAGGCAUCUGGUCCCUGGCUGUGCCACUUCUUCUUGUCCCUCUGACCCUGUCCCCUCUCCCAAAGUCCUGAACAGAGUUGGGGGCAGUUGGGAACGUUGCCAUCAUCUCUGGGGCAAGAGUGAGUAUGCAAGCCGGUGAGAGCCCAGCCAAGCUCCCCUGGGCUUGGGAGGAAGGGCUUCCACCCUCCCCAGCUCUGCAUUCUGCUCGUUUCCUCUGGCAUCCCCAAUCCUCACCAGGGGCACCACAAGUCAGGGCUGGGCUGUCACCAAGUGUUCAGACAGGUUAUGGUGCAAAUGGAGCUGCUCUGAGCCUUCCUCUUCCCUGUAAGAGCUAGUCUCCGGUGUUCCCUGGGGAUGCCUCAAGGGUUGAAAGUCCUAGACCUUUCUAAGGCUAAAUGUCCUGUGUAAACACGGGUACUCUAGCAAUAGUACAAAACAGGGGUGAUCGCUGGACACAGGCCCUCUCAUUUCUAACAAAGCACUCAGGGUGCUGGUUCCUGGCUGGGCCUUGUGAGCUUGCCUGGCACUCGAUAGGUUUUCAGAGAACAUUCUUCACACCAAAAGGAGCCGAUGCAUGCAGCGUGGUGCGGGAGCAGAGUGGUGCUCCAGAAGCUGGCAGCUAGAAACCCGUUUGGCCUUGACUGGCUCCUAGCUCUGUGUCUUGGCUUCUUUGUUUGGAAACGAGGAGGGGGUGGGGUCCUGGUGCUAAAGGCCCUUAGGAACUGUGAGGGUAGCGGCCCUUUGCCUUCAUCGGUGCUCAAUAAAUACGUUGAAUUGA